UUUCACCUUCAAGCCAAUGCCUCAAAUAAGUGGAAACAGACACCUGACUUCGCAGUACUCUUCACUCACAACAGUGCCGUCAGCAAUGCAGCACACCAACAACAACAAUAACAACAGCGCCAAUAGCACCACCAUCACAAUGAUGUUGGCAAAUCGCAUCACACACCCUGGUGAAUGGUCAGUCGACGAUGAGCACUUCUUCGAGACGAACACAAUGAAUGUGUGGCAAACGCUCGAAUUUCUUUCCAGUUUAAAUUUGCGUAAGCGCUAUCAUUAUGAAGGUUACAGUGACAGCGAGAAUAUUAUACGCACACUAACACCUUCAUGGCGUCGCGACAGUUUCGCCGAGAAGGCCGUCACCAAUAAGGAGGAGAGUGGUGCCACGGGUGAUGGUAGCGGCAGUGGACGAAGCAAAAUCACAUUGGAAAAUGUUGGCGGCCAUUUCGGAGAACAUAGCGCUGAUGCUAUGCGUCGAGAUCAGCACGCAAGCAACAACAAAAGAAAAAGUACUCGCGCGAAGAGUGUAACAGCUGGUAAAGUGCGAUUUGUGCGCAGCAAGUGUGGCAAUGGCAAGCAGCAGAGACGUCGCACGAAAUCUGAAACACUAGAUCCAGAGUAUGUUCUACUGCCGGCUGAAUACAACGAUUUGGUGAAGUGCAAGUAUGAAAAGAUAACAAAAUUAAUUAUUAAUUAAUAUAUAAAACAAAAUUAAAA